AUGGUUCGAUCAGCCAACGAAAAGUCCUCGGCUACCUAUGUGGCGUCUGCGGUUUGGACCCUGUGUGUGGGACUCUUGAUUUGGUCCGAUCUGGGCGUCCUGGCCUUUUUUGGCUCCAUUUUGUUCCUAAUUUGGGUCUUUGGAUUGCGAGAAAAGUUUUCCAAUGAAGAAACUGCCAGUGCCUAUAGCGUAUUCAAUCUAAAUCAACAAGCGAUUGCCGGGACCUUGACGGCGGGUCAAGUCGAUCGACAAUUGCGAGGAGGCGGUAUUGCCAAUAAUACAAAUGGUAGUAUUGGCAACAACAGUAACAUUGCCAUGGCAGCAUCUCAAAACAACAACUCACAGACAGCAGCAACCAACAAUGUGUCCCAAGAGGAACGACUGCGGCGAAGAAAGGCGGCAGCCAUGGCUGCGGAACGUCGGUUUCAACAACCAGAGCAAUAG